AGAGGCGAUGGCGAAUGGAAAAUGUUCCUCAUAAUUAACUGCAGAUCAGAGAGCGCUCGGCGGGCCUGGCGGCUGUUUUUUUCGCUCAGCUGUUUCCCUGGGAGCAAGACAGAAACUAGCUAGGAAGGGAAGACGUCCGUUGCCCCCCUUCAGUCUGCCAGCUACCGCUUCGUGUGGAUGUGUCAUCGGUCGAUUUAAAAUUGCAGGCUUGGCUAGCUGUUUUUUUGGCGCUGCUUUGAUGGUCACUAUGCCCUCCUUUUGUUUCGUUUGGUUAAGGUCGGGAUCUCUCUCUCUCUCUGGGGUUGAAUGAAUCUCUGCAAGGGAUAGAACGACAAGCAUCGACUGAACCACUUUUCUUUGGGCCUUUGCACUGAAGCCAAGUGAAAAACCUUAUGAUUGCACUAUAUGUAACUCAACUCGGAUUUUGCUAAGGAACAAACAGCUCCUGCCUUUCAGAAGGAAUUGUCCAUCUGCUAAUCCCAACUUGUGCUCUCCAUCAGCAUCUUCCAGCUCCUCAGACAGAAACAGACGUUUACAAAUACAUUGCCAUCCUUCUCCCUAAGUCCACCUCAGAAAGAGUUCUCCAGCCAUGUUCCAGCGCUUCACAAGCCUCUUCUUCAGUGAAAGCAGUGCACCUGGGGACCUUGUGGAACCCAAGCCUUUUGUCUCUAGAGAGGAAGAAGAAGAUGGUUGGCUCAUUAUUGAUAUACCAGUUGCCGUGCAAGAAAACAAAAAAACCUCCAGAGGAAACGAACAAAGCUGUGCUACAACUACUACUAAUGAAGGUCCUGACCCUGUCAGUAUGGAGAGCAACCCCAUGGAGGACCUCUUGAUUGAACAUCCCAGUAUGUCUGUGUAUGUCACCAGCAGCACCAUCAUUGUGGAAAGGGAGGGCCCGGAGGAGCAUGUCACCCAUGAAAGUGAAGUACCUGAACGCCAUUUGCAACGUCAUGCCCCACACCACUCCACCUCUCUUGCUACCAAGACCGCCAUCUUGGAGAAGGUCAACCAGGUGCGUCGGAUUCAGAGAGCAAAGCAGCUGGCAGAGAAGCACAAGUUCAGUAAGAAAGUCAUGCAGCGGCAGAACCGCACCCGAGAGUGCCGCCCACGACGGGCCAAAUGCCAAGGCAGCUUUGUCUACCAACCAUGCCAGCGUCAAUACAACUACUAAGCUACUUCAGAAGUCUACACUGUGGGGCAUUAUCCUUUUAACUUUCACCUUCACCGGUUCCUGACACGGCUUAUCUUCAGCCAAGAGAGUCAUCUCCGUCCAUUUUCUGAAAUAAAUCCAUCCCCCUUUCCCCCAUGAGAGAACGAGCUAUAUUCGCCUAAACUGGCGAUAUUCAAUGGUAGUUUUUUGGUGGGCUUUUCUUGGGCUUUAUCCUACUCCCAUGUUCAGCAACAAAUACAUUUUCUGAUUUGUAAUGUUCUUUCCCAUUUGAGUUUAAUCUCGCCCACUCUCCUCUCCACUUCCAUGAGUUCUGAUCUUGAUUUGGAUCUAAAAGUAAAAGAAACCCAACAUGUUCCAUUCACACUAAGUAGCCAUGCUGCAAGUCUUCUUUGAAACUCCAAUGUGUGUUCCUUUUUUAAAAAAGUGGUAGUGGAGAAACAUGUAUGUAUUUUGGUUACCACACAGGACAAUUUCUCUAUGGUUGGGUAUUUUCCUUGUUUCUUAGGUAGCAUGAAUUUACACACUGGCUGCAAUAGCAAUCAUCAGUGUGAAGAGUAAUUUGGUGCUUCCAGUGAAUAUAGCACAUUUCAUUUUUUUACACCUUAGUUAUAGGAGGGAUAAGUCACCCUGUCAUUUCCUUUUGUCCCUUCUUGUUGCACUAGGAAGCCUGUGACAUCAGUGCCUUUCAUUAUGACAUCACACUCUUCACAGUGGAAACAGACUGUGAUGUCACAAAUGGAGAGACCAGGUUCAGUGCAAGCUGGAACACUAAACAAUAAAUAGGUCCAACAAAUAAAUGUAUAUUGACAGACCUGCUUCCCUUAAAAAUAAACAAACUGUGUAUUUCUGUUUCCUCUUGAUGAGUUCAUACAAUGGCUAGCCAUGUGAUAUUUUGGCAUAUAUUUGUUUUGGAGCUCUGGGACAACUCCAUUGAAAUCUAUGAAGGAUUUUGGUAUCAGCUUCAGUAGAGGAUGGAUUAUAUCUGAAGUUUCUGUUCAGCAGUGCCAUGUGGUGAAUGGCACAAUCUUUGAAAGUCUGUUCUGAGAAGCUGGAAUUAGCAGCUGUGGUUAAACAUGGGAGCUGCAAAGAUUCACUGUCAAUGAAAAGUCAGGAUUGCUUUAUUGCACUUCUUAGUCACAUAAGGCUUAAAAUAUAUUAUUCUUUAAAAAAAACAAUGAAUUCUUUCUCCAUCUGACUGCUUGCAUGGCUGUCAUCAUGAGUUUCCUCACAGUGUCAUUCAUGCUGCCAUACUUCUAAUAAGGCCUAAAUCCAAUUGGUAGGCCCAGUUAUACUUAGACAUAUUAAAUUAUUUGCUUAAUGGUGAGUCAGCCCUGAGGGAAAUCUAAUUUAUCCAACGGGUUUGCUCUAGUUUGAAUUACCAGUUACAUUCAGACUCCAGUGUUUAAAUCUGUGUGUGCGGAAGACAAUAUGAAAAUCCAAUACUUUUUAGAAGGAUGUGACCACACAUGUAAGCAUAAACAUUUUAAAAAUAUAAAACCAGAAUUAAAUCCCCAAGCUCUCAUGUUAUCCAUGUGAUUUACCAUUUUGCUAAUCACAAGAACCUCCUCUGUCUCCUAAGAGAAGGAUAUGACUAUAAGUAGCAUACAGAAAGUAGAAUAACUCAAAACAGACAAUUGAAAGUGUGCUUUUGUGUGAGCAUGUCUUUCAGUUAUGCAGUCUUCCACAUUUGAAUUUGACUGAAAUCUGGUUAAAGAAGAAGAAGAAGAGGAACUACUGAACAGAAAUUGAAUAACCAGCAGUCCCUAACCCUUAGAAAAAAUUAUGAGGGAUGAGUGCUAAGGGCUCAAGCAGACAUGCCAAUGGCAACUUUUUACAGG